AUCACUUUUUCCACCCUGAGGCCCAACGAAAGCAUCAAAAUUUCGCCCUCCAAGAGCGGAGAUAGUGCCGACAUGGCAGAGACACAGCCGCAAAAAAAGCGGCGUUCCUCUACCUGUGUUGGCUGUGGAUGUGCAAUCACUGACCAAUACAUCCUGAGGGUGUCUCCCGACCUAGAAUGGCACGCGGCUUGCUUAAAGUGUGCUGACUGUCACCAGUACCUGGACGAAACAUGUACGUGUUUCGUCAGGGACGGAAAGACAUACUGUAAGCGAGACUAUUUUAGGUUGUUCGGCAUCAAGUGUGCCCGGUGCAGCGUGAGCUUCAGCAAAAGCGACUUCGUGAUGAGGGCGCGGAACAAGAUCUACCACAUCGAGUGCUUUCGUUGCGUCACUUGUACAAGGCAGCUCCUGCCGGGGGACGAGUUCGCCCUUAGGGACGAUGGACUGUUUUGCAAGGCGGACAACGACUGCACACUCGUAGAGAAAAAAGUCACACCCAACGGUCACACGACUAACGGGCAGCACAACGGUACCACCAAUGGGACGUCCUUACAAAUGGCAGGAAAUCCAGCUAAUGCCGAGUCCAUGCAGACGAAUCGUAGCCGGGAUUCGGUGCGGCCGCAGGUGCACAAGCAGAGCUCGGACCACAAACCGACGCGGGUCCGGACCGUCCUGAACGAGAAACAGCUGCAUACGUUGCGCACUUGCUAUGCGGCCAACCCCCGACCAGACGCCCUCAUGAAAGAGCAGUUGGUGGAAAUGACGGGACUCAGUCCGCGUGUGAUCAGGGUGUGGUUUCAGAACAAGAGGUGCAAAGACAAAAAGAAAACUAUCAUGAUGAAACAACUGCAACAGCAAGAGAAAUUUAUGAUCCUCUCCAUGUCCGAAUCCGAUUCCUCAUCUCAGGCUUCCCCGGACGGCAGGCAGUUAAGCCUGGGCUCCAUGCGGGGCGUGCCCAUGGUAGCGACGAGCCCUGUUCGACAUGAAAGUCCCAUCCAGAUGAACCCCAUCGAAGUCCAGACUUACCAGCCGCCCUGGAAAGCCCUCACAGAAUACGCCCUACAGCCUGAGAUCGACCCUACCACGCCUCACUUUCAACAGAUAGUAAGUCAGAUGCACGGGUACAGCGAUCACGGGCCAGACCACCACGUAAUGCCACCUGGUGUCCACGGACCUCCGCACUCACUGCCACCGUACCUCCACGACGAACAUUCACUACAUCAGCCGCCAAGUAAUUUGUCGUCGCACAUCCCUGGAACGCCAUCCGAGCUUUCAAGUCCCACCAGUGAAUGAUGCCCGCCCAUCCACAGGCCGCGUAGGGGUCGGCCACCACGAAACAGAAGCUAGAG